UAUGCGAUGUCGCAGUCGCGCCCGCGCCUCCGUGGGCGCGUGAAGGGGCCCCCGCGGCGCAGCCCUUCUUUCUCAUUCUCCAGACCGCGCCGUUUGAAAACUGGAAACCAAAAAGAAUUGGACUCGUUUCGUCCCCCUUUAAAAAAAAAAGCGGCUGCUUACAGCUAAAUGGGCUUGCCCGGGCAAAGCCGCCAAAGAAAGGGGAGGAGAGGGCUGCUUUUAACCGAAAGAACGACUUUUUUUUUUUUAGGAAAAGGAGACCCCUAGGAAGUAAUCCCCUUCUUAGGCGUGGCGUGGCUGCGUCCCCCGUUGCGCUCCGUUGUGGUUCCUUGGCCAAACCGCGGUGGCUUGGCCUUCGCGCAACCAGGGGAGCGGCAAACCGUGGUUUACGCGGGCUUGGUCGACCUCCCAUGCUCAGGCGUCGCUCCAGAAGACUUGGGGUCACUUGGGCUGGGAAGCUGGCAGUUGAGGCCUGACCCACUGGACGGGCUCAAGGGUUGGCUUAGCGGUGUUUCUCCACUUGGGCCCCUUGAAGAUGGGUGGACUUCAACUCCCAGAAUGCCCCAGCCAGCAUUCUGGGAGUUGGUCCACCCGUCUUCAAGGGGCCCAGGUGGAGAAACACUGGCCCAGGCGCCUGGGGGAAGCAGGGAGGCAUUUUAAGCAGGCAAGUGAGUGCCUUCAGGGCCCUUUUGUGACACCACCGCCAAGUCACAGUGCCCCAGCCUCAGCUGCAGGGGAAGAAACCCCCGAAGUGCAGCUGCAUCACUUUUGGGCCUUGGGCUGCCAGGGAGGUUGGUGACUGCCCGUGGCGUUUGAUGGAAUUCCUCGGCACCACGCAGACGGCCAGCUACUGUGGACCGAGGAAGAGCUGCCUGCUUCCAGAGGUGGCCCCCACCAGCCUCAGCCAGGACAGCUACCGGGCUUACUACCUGCCAGGUUAUCGCUACCUGAACUCAUGGAGGCCCAGCUUGUUCUACAAAGUCUCCACUUUCCGACCCAACGACGAGGGUGUUGGACGCCUCAGUGCCCCGUUGCGGCCCUCCACCAUACUGCCCUCGGUGAGGUCGUCCCUGUAUGCCCGCUACAGUCCCCACGACUGGUACAAAGCGAACGCCAUGCAGAUUAAAGGGUCGGAGGCGUACCGGCACUGGGCCGGCCGGCUGAACGCGGACAGCACGCGGCUCAUGCAAGAUAAGGACCAGCUGACUUGGCAGCAGCAGCAGGAUACCGGGAAGAACAUCGGACAGAGGCUGGCCGACAUCGAUUUCUGGCGGUCCGAGCUGACCUAUGAGCUUGAGCGGCUGCUGACUGAUACCCGUGCGCUGGACACUGCCAAGAGGCGCCUGGAGUGUGCUGCCGAUGAAGCCCAAGGGCCUCUACAGGUAGCCUUGGAAUGCUUAUACAAUCGGGAGAAACGAAUGGGAAUUGACUUGGUCCACGAUAAUGUGGAAAAGAAUCUUAUACAGGAGGUUGAUUUGAUCAGAGCAUGCCAAGAGAAAAUGAGAAAGCUUGCAGAAAGAAUCGACCAGCAGAUUAACAUUAACAGAGAUGCUCAACAUGCACUUGAGAAGGAUCUUGGUGAUAAAAGUUCAGCUCAUUUCAUUGAUGAAAAAUGCUAUAAUUUGAGAAAUACUUCUGACAGCAUCAACUACUACCAUGGAAUUGAAAAAAUUGAUGGAACAGUUUCAGUCCCUGAAACAUGGGCAAAGUUUAGCGAUGACAACAUCCGGUAUUCCCAGAAUGCCCGGGCCAACUCAGCCUUACUCUGCGAGGAAACAAACCAUACGCUGGAAAUCACUUCUGAUGACAUGUGGAAGCAGUGGACGGACAGCAACUUGGCCUUUACCUCUCGCAUAGCAGAAAUAGCAGAUGCCAAGAACCAGCUCCAAGCACAGCUGGCGAAGACUCUUCAAGAAAUCUUCCAGACAGAAAAUACAAUCAUGUUACUGGAAAGGGCCAUCAUGGCCAAAGAAUGCCCGCUCAAGGUGGCCCAGACCCGUCUUGAAGCGAGAACCAGGCGGCCAAAUAUGGAGCUAUGCCGUGACGUCCCACAGUUCAAGCUCGUGAACGAAGUUUUCACAAUCGAUGACACGCUGCAGACCCUGAAGCUGCGCUUGCGUGAAGCCCAGGAUACUCUCCAGCUGCUGAUCCUCAACAAGUCAAAACUGGAGCAUGACCUUAUGGUGAAGGCCAAUAGUCUCUUCAUCGACAAGGAGAAAUGUAUGGGGAUGCGUAAGACCUUCCCCAGCACGCCUCGCCUGGUUGGCUACACCUGAAUUUGCAAUGGUCGCCUUCCGUGCCCCUGUCAGUCUGACAUAAAAGAUUGAAAAUCAUGGGAGACAUUUCUGCUCAUUUAUUUUUUUUGUAGCAAAUGGAAGAAAGAGAAAGAAAAAUAAAAAUCCAGUGAAAAUAAACAUAACAGAAACAAAAUCAGAACAAGGUCACAGCCUUUCUUGCUUGCAGAAAGUUUUGAGAUUGAUCUCUUCCUGUGAGGGGAAGAGAAUCAGCAGGCGGUCUGGAGAAGCAUGAUCGCUCCAAGAGGGCGGACCUGAUAGCAGAAACGAGCAAAUUCCAGAAGAGGGUCUGCUCUGCCGAUCCUGGCCCCUCGCCCCUCACGUUAUUCUUUCCCCCCGGUUUAGCCCAAGGAGGCUGGCAUCCUGAAGCCACAGAUCGAACCCGGAGACCUAGCAGUCUGGGUGGGGAGAGGAUGAAACGCUGUACAAAUGUGUCAUUAGACUAGACACAGAGCGGAAUAAUUUCACCUGCAAAAUUGGGUU